AUGAACAGCACAGGCGGGACGCCUCUAUUCCUCGGUAUACAUCUCGAGCCAAUUCAACACCUCAGACGUUCAUCUCGCAUCGCAGAGCUCCAGAUUAGAGCAGCCAAAGAAAGAUCGUGGAGCACACGCGCCCAGCCCAGCCAGUCCGCCUCCCGCACAAACCAAGUUCCAAGACAAGCAGCCAGUUUCAGGUGUGACAGAAGCUCAUGCGACUGCUGCAGUCAAACCAUUGCUCAGAGCAUCGAGAUGCUCCGCCUGGUCCAUAAUUCCGUUGAUGAUGCACUGGAGCUGCCUGAAGGCGAAUGCAAGGAGCUGAUUAGCUAUGUUCUCCAGGCGAGCAGGGAGUGGAUUCGUGAUUUGGAAAAGCAGCAAAACUGA